CACGCAUGUGGCGCGGUGCCGGCGCAUCUGGUGGCGGGAGGGGAGCCGCGGGGGCUAAAAUUAGUGCCGAGCGCCACGUGCGUCCACCAGUCCGCGCCCGACCUCCACCACGCACGCUCGCGCCCGGCACAGUGUUUACAAGCAAGUUUACCAGCCACCGGUUACCGAGACCGAGUCCCAGCGCCGCGCGCAGUGUUAGUGCACCCAGUGACCGUGGCCGUCGCGACGGAGGCAGUUCAAGGAAUGCUCAUGGCGGGCGCGCUGCCUGCCGAGCCGGAGGGGCUGCUGGCGUUGGGCGCGCUCCCCGGCCAGAAGGACACCACCUGGACGAAACUCUUCGUCGGGGGGCUGCCCUACCACACCACGGACAAGAGCUUGAGGGAACACUUCGCGGUCUAUGGAGACAUCGAGGAGGCUGUCGUUAUCACAGAUCGGCAAACCAGUAAAAGUCGGGGAUAUGGAUUUGUAAUAAUGGGCGACCGGUCAGCAGCGGAGCGGGCGUGUAAGGACCCCAACCCCAUCAUCGACGGCAGGAAAGCCAACGUUAACCUCGCCAUCCUCGGGGCCAAGCCCAGAGGGAACCUUGCGCCAGGGUUCGGUUUGGCGGCGGCGGCGGCCGGCGUGCGCGCCGGGUACCAGACGGUGUUGCCCACCCCGUACGGGUUGUCUCCGGGAUACGUGUACGGCACGCCGGGGUACACGAUGGGCGCCAUGUCGGGCGUGGGUGCGGGCGUGACGUCGGGCGCCGGCGGGCUGGUGCAGCUGCCGCAGCUGCAGCACGCCGCCGCCAUGGCCGCCGCCAACCACCUCUACGAGUACCAGGCGGCUGCCGCGCAGGGCGCCGCGGCCUACCAGCAGCAGUACGCGGCCGCAGGAUUCGACCCGUACGCUACAGCUGCCGCAGCUGCUGCGGCGGCGGCCAGCGGAGCCGGCUACAUGUCUCCCUACUACGCGCUGCCCAGCGGAGGGGUGCAGGCGCCCCUUCUGCCUCCCCUCUCCUACCCCCCACAACUCCAAGAGGCACGCAUGCAGUAACCAAUGAAGGAAACAGUGGCUAUACUAUGACAAAAUUGCCCCAGAACAUUUUAAGAUCUGACCCAAAAUUAGUCUUUGGAUAUCUUAUUAAGGCUAGUGGAUUAUUAAAUUUAUAUAUCUGACAGCGUUGCAGUGUAGCCAUGCAAAUGACGACGUAGGAUUUUAAAAUGUGAUGAAAUGAUGAUAGGUAAAUAUGGCUGAGGGAAUACAUUUAGCGUUCCCGUUUUGGACGAACGAAUAUUAGGGAAUCAUAGUGCCUAUAGUGUACUAUACUUUAGGUUAUUAUAAAGAUAUGAAGUGAAUAAAUGAGGUCGAACAGUCCGUUUGUUACCACAGGAAAGCCAAAUAUUUAGACUAAACGUUAAACAAUUUCUCGUACGGCUAGAAAUUGGUGUCAACCAAAAAUAAGCGACGACCAAAGCUGUGAGCUUUUAGUAGGAUUAAGAUGGCUGACGGGAGAUCCACCAACCGGACGUCGGCGCGGCGCGGCGGUCCGUCUGGUUAUUAUACGUAGAUAUGUAAAACAAAGCUCUUGCCUGAUUCAUCCAUUCUUCCUGACAUCACAUUAUGUAAAUCAUAUUUCCUAUUUUUUAUACUUGAUAGAUUAAUUAGAUAUACUUUUCUAGAUACAUUUUCCAUCAUAUUUUAAUACCAUUGUAUAAUCUUACCCAGUAUAAAUUACAACACACUUUAUUUAAACUUACGUAUCAGCUGUUAAAUGACAAUAAAAUAUAAUAUACUAUUAUUAUCAUCGAAUACAGAAUAUUGCAGCUUGUGAGAUAAAAAGGUCUCACCAAAAUAUUGCGAUAUAUUUUUACUGUAAGGCAGCUAACGUCUUCAAAUUAUAUUGUGUACUUCCUGAUUUAACACAUUGUAUUUACACAUAUAUUUUACGUAGAUACCUUUAUUACUUUAUCAGUAAAAUACCUAAAUACAUAAUUAAUAUUGUAGAAGUGCCAUUUCAAAAAUACCAUAUCGUCAAUAAAUGACCUUCUCUUAUUGUUAUCUCCAAUAAAUAAUUAAAUGUUGUACUAGCUUCCAAUCCAUGUUGCAAUACUGCACGUAGGUAUAAGGUACAUACAUAAUUUAACACGGUCCGAUAUAAUCUGAGGCUAUUAAAAUGAAAUGGCUUUGUAACUCCACUGCAUGUAUCGCAGUCGUAAAAUAACUUAUCAUGGAAAGGACAUGUUAGGAACUGGGCCUAUUUACAGAGCUGAAAAAUACUAAAAAAACAAUGUACUUAUUAUGAAUAUAAAUCGGAUAAUGUUAUUUUAAAUGUAGACAUUAUAAAGACCCACAUUUUUAUGUAACGCUUAUCUAUGACGUACCAAAGCUAAUGUCAUUGUGAAGCACUAGUUAAUAUAGCUUAUUGAGGCAGGUAGUUCCCAGUUCUAUAGAACGCUUUACCUACACGAGAUCGUACCUUAUGGUUAAGGGUCCUAAAGUUGUAUAGGACAAUUGGGAAGUACCUGCUUAGAUUGAAUAGCUUAGAGUAGUAAAGUCUGGAACGUUGAGUCCGGUCCCGGCUGAUCGUUCUUUCAAUCGAUUAUUGUGGAAAUAGUAAUUUGCGCUUUAAUAAUACUAUUGUAGAUCGGCUCCGUGAAUUUAGGUUUCUAGACUUUAAUAUUCUUGGCUUAUGUAGGUCUACGACAUGUCCACGUUGCUCAAUAUGCCCAACGAGGGCUUGGUUUAGGGUUAAGGAGAGCAAUAAACUUAUUAAAUGUUAUUAAUAAGGUUAAUGUAAUGAAAUUCUCGGAAACGUAAUUUCUUGUACUUGCCUCUUUCUAAUAUAAGGUUCGUUCUCCAAGGCGGUAGAGAGUACUUACUAGUUAGAAUAAUUCAAUGACUAGUCCAUAUAACGUUAUUUUAAUGAAUUUCAAUGUCUGCCGGCCUACUUACUUAAAUUCCUAACUAUAUUUUAAUACUAUACGAUUUAUAAAGCAGAUAACUAAAUCAAUUUGUUGGGACGAAGAUACUUUUAAGGCAAUUGAUGUCGACAUUAUCGACUGUGCAAAACAUUGCCUCUUAAUUUUCUUUUGUAAUUGUCAUAGUAUUUUAAAAUAAACAUAGUUAGGUUAGUAUAUAAAAUGAACCGUAAAGUUGGCCGGUGACUUAGUACAAGUUAGAAGCACUAGACAUAGGUAUAGAUCACUGAAUCGUAGUCUGUAAGGAUAAUUUUAAUUAUUGUAAUAUGCUGUUAUUCGUAAUUUAUUUUGUUGAUAUUUGUAAAUCUACACGUUGAUAACUAUUUAUUAUGUGGAAGAGGAAUAAAAAUUGUUGAAUAUUUACGCCGAAUCGAAUGACCAAUCACAAGCGUCUAAGCACCAGCCAGAUUCGGCUCUCUAAUUAUAUACGAAAUGUACACAAUAUACAUUAUAAUUUAAGUAGAUAUUAACUAUUAAAUGCAUACCAAAUAAAAUAUUGAAACACGUUAGCCAUAGCGGUGGCCAUCUUGCCUUAUAUAUAGACUACAUAAUACAUAGUUUAUAAUAAAUACUAUACAUAUUACAUAUCCAAACGAGUAGGUAUACCUACCUGCAUAUAUUAUUUUCUAAAGUUUCUAGGCUCAUCACGCCAAACUGUCCACUAUAGUGCAUUUCAUUCACAGUAAUUUAAGCACAAUAUUUAUGUAUUAUCUAUGUACGAUAAAUGAGAAAUCAUAAUAAAAACUUAAUAAUUGUUAUCAUUAAUUUAAAAGUAUACUAUAAUGUACUUAAUAUAGGAUAAACCUAAAAUGAAAAAUUAAAUUGUAAGG